AUGCCCCCCCCUUACGAAGGACACUUCGCUGAUGAUACAGUAGAACAAGCCCUGGUUCCCUUCUACUAUAGGGAACCGACACCACCCAUCCCUAGCGAUAGCUCGGAUAGUGACGAAGAAACGGGGGAUGGAGGGGCACGAGGAAGUAAGAACCAGAGGCUCACGAGGUUACAAGCCAGAAAGAACAACCCCAUCGUAGAAACCCGUAGCCUUACAGAGCGCCCUAUAGAAGAAACCGAAGAAACCCCGGGAACUUCUGGACAGGAAAGUUCCACAGCGGUCCAGAUGCCCCUAAGGGCCCUACCGAUUCCGCCCAUCCACCCCGACGGGGCACCCCGGAUGGUUUAUACGCACCAGCCCUUUUAUACUGCCGACCUAGUAACCUGGUCAAAUCAAAUGCCCUCUCUAAGGGAUGACCCAGAUAAAUGCCAUCGCCAGAUCAGCGCCAUCUUUUCCACUCACAACCCCACUUGGCCAGAUGUCCACGUUCUUUUAAACGCCCUAUUCAAUGAAGCUGAAAAGGCGGACAUUCUGACCAAAGCCGGAGAGGCCAUAGAGUCACCGGACUACCAGAGGGGACGUCCCGCGGCAUUAGCGGCCCUCUCAGCCCAGUGCCUGCGUAUAGAACCUACAUGGGACUACAAUACCACCAACGGGAUUUGGUGCUUAAAUCUAUUUAAAAGGGCUAUCUUAGACGGUGUAAAGCCGCUGGACAGCGUACUGUCAACUGGACCAAGGUCCAAACUGUACUACAGGGACCAAAUGAACAUCCAUCGGAUUAUUACACUAGAUUGGUCUCCGCCAUCAAGACCUGGGGAGGGAUAG